AUGACAUUUUUAGUAAUUGUAUUAUAUUUAAUAGGAAUUUUUAUUUUUUUUAUUAAUCGUUAUUAUUUAAUAAUAAUUUUAUUAAGAAUUGAAUUUAUUUAUAUAAGCUUAUUAUUAAUACUUUGCAUUUUUUUUUGCAUAUUUAAUAUUUUAGGUGUAUUUACUUUUUUAAUUAGAAUUGUUUGCGAAGCUGGAUUAGGGUUGAGAAUAUUAGUAAUAAUAAGAUUUUAUUACGGAAAUGAAAUAAUAAAAAUAAUAACUUUAAUUAAAUGUUAA